AUGUCGAUGCUUGGUGCCCACAAAGCCCAGAUCACUAAGGCCGCCAAAUCGCUCCGUAAGAAGAUCGCGGACUUCGAUGAGGCCAUCUUGGAACCGGUGGAUCUUACCACGGAGGCAGGUAGGGAUUCACAGUUCAUUCUCAAUCGUAAAAGUUUGUUAUUUUUCAAUUUUACUGUUCUUGUUCGUACUGUUGAUUCACUUCGCGCCCAGAGAGAGAAGGCCGAAGAGUUUGCGCGUCAGCAUCCUGACGAGCAGGGCGAGUUCCCCUUUCUCCAACAGAUUCAGGAGCAUUGGGACGCCAGUGAACUGGAUCAACUUGUGGAGGAGGCCGAAACUCUCCGUGAUCGUGUCGACGCUGCGAUCAAACUCUUGACGAGCUCGGAGGCAUUGUAUCUUUUUCGCGCUUCUACUGUUCCACCCUCUCUUUGUAACCUUACUCCUAAUCCGGCCCUGGACCCCAUUUGUACCCGUCAGCCACCGCAGGAUGUGAGAAUGGAAGUCGCGAGCCAUUCUUCGUCGCAUGACCAGGAUCGUCCAGCUGAUCCGGACGCAGUCGCGCGAGCUGAUCGGACUUCCCCACCCGCACGCGCGCAGAGCGUCGUGCAAGGAUUCGACCACCCCUCACAAGUCCCUUCAUCCCACCCAACUUUUGCAAACCCCUUUUCAACUUUUCCCCCGUCGAAUCCUUUCGUUUCUUCAUCAGUCCCUAACUCCAACCUUCCUUACCCAUCCAUGGAACAGUCAUUGAAGUUGCCUACUUUUGAGAUUCCAACCUUCCACGGAGAUGUCGACAACUUUUUGGAGUUUUGGGAUCUCUUCUCGACAGCGGUGCAUAACAACAUCAGUGUGCCAGUAUCACUCAAGUUUAUGUACCUCAAGUCACAUCUACGAGGACCAGCCGCGAGCCUUAUUGCCGGCUUUCAGUCUACGGCAGAAAACUAUGAAGACGCAGUACGGACCCUGACUAAUACGUAUGGAAGGCCGGAGAUUCUCCGAAAUAGACUCUGGGACAAACUGAUGCAGCAGCCACCAGCAUCAGAAUCGCCAAUGUCGCAACGCGCGACACUUUGCACCGUUAAGGCCAUUUGGUCCCAAUUGAAACAUCUCAAGGAGGACUCUAGCGCCAUUGGCACGCUUAAGAUCAUUCGUGCCAAAUUUCCUCGACGUACACGCGAGAAAAUUGGCGAAUACAAGACGAAGGGAGAUUCGAUGUGGACAGUGGAUGAGUUGCUUUCGACGUUGGAUACCAUCAUCGAUAGAUUGGAAACCGUGGAAGAUGCUGACCCAUCGGACUAUCAUUCGUAUAACUCUCAAGCAGUAUCUCGUCAAUCUUCUCCUUCGCCGCGUAGGUAUCCGAGCGCGAGUCGCAAUGAUCCAGCGUUUACGCGCUAUCGCACGUCAUCGUAUUACCCUCGACGUUCGUCUCAGUCGCGCACACCAUCACCCUACAGCAGGCAUAACAGACCACCAACACCAUACUAUCCUCGCACUACGUCGCGCAGUCCCAGUAGACCACGUUAUGUAGCUCGUUACGAGCCUCAGUGUGCCUUUUGUUGUGACCUUGGACAUUCAUCAGAGCGAUGCAGGAUUGUGCAGGAUAUCGCGCAGCGUAGAUUGUUUGUCAGUCGUCAUAAGCUCUGUUUUUUGUGCUUGGAACAAGGUCACACUUACAUUUAUUGUAAUGCAUCACCAUGUGGAUACUGCGGCAGAUUACACCAUAAGGCUCUUUGUAUGGAUUUCCCACGCGCAUCGCGACCACGACUUCCAUCCGGUGAAAGGACUACAUAUCCAGGUCCGGGGAGAUCCUACUCUCCUAGACGCGUGCAGUUUCAAAGAGAAACUUAUGAUCCACCUCGCGAGUAUAGUAGCCGCUCACGCGCAUCUCCAUCGCGCAAUCUUCAUUCUGAAUCGCCAUCUCCAUCUAGGCGACAGUCUUCUUUUUCACCAGCUAGGCGUGCCCCAUCCGCGCGCCGAUCACGUAGCCCUACAUCCGCAGUACACAGCGCCACCCGUACUACUGACCUACCUUGUACUACCAGAGACGCGCAAGCAGAACCUCUUGAUCAACAACAGGCUUGCGUAGGCUCACAUUCACCAUCAUCAUGCACUUCUGUUUGUUCUCAAGAGUCAGUGCACCAGGAGCCACGCCUAAUGGUAGUACAUGCUGUGACGGAGAAUUAUAGGACGAGAACGGAUGAGCUUCUGACAGUGUUUUUGGACAGUGGCUCGCAGCACAGCUUCAUCUGUACGUCGCUAGCCAAACACUUAGGCUUACCGUUCCGCAACACUAAGGAAGUUACAACUCUGACAUUCGGAGGUCAUCAGUUUACGGAGGAAUCGUCAGAGGUCACACUCGUACUCUGGGACCAGUAUAACUAUCCGAUUGAACUCGAGCUAUGGACGCGCGAGACCAUCACGACGGUCCCACGGACUAAUACUCGAAACGACAGUGACAUCGUCGAUUACGAGGAUAGAGUCGAGGUCGAUGUGUUGAUUGGAAUUGAUAACUAUUGGCGGGUUGUAGACUUGCACAAGAACGAGAAGUUACCAUCUGGCUUGACUUUGUCGCACACGAGAUUUGGACCAGUUCUAUCUGGAUUAAAGUACCCGGUUGUCUCCAAUACCCUUUUAGCCUCCAAGACCCUCUUUACGGAUGACGAGCCGGUAAGCGACCAUCUUGUGCGAAGUCUUCUUGGCCUCGACACAGUUGCGAUGGAAGAACAUGAGAAUGCAGAAGAUGCUAACGUCAUCAAGCACUUCUACGACACGGACAUAAGCGAGUUUCAGCUGAGGAUGCCGCGCUUCAUUGGCUAUACCGAAGAAGAUACGUACGAUCUGGUCGUGUGUUCAGAUGCGUCCAAACGAGUGUAUGCCAUGACUGCCUACAUCGUGACGCGCCCUCAUAAUGGCAAGCCUCAGUCAUCUCUACUCUUUGCUAAGGCAAAGUUAGCUCCACCCGGCGCUAUUACGAUUCCGCGCAUGGAGCUCCUUGCUUGUCAUAUGGCAGCAAAAACAGUGCAGUUCUUGAGAAGCCAGCUCAAAGUUAGAUUCCAUUCCAUCAGCACGAUAGAUACUACUCCCAUUAUAACAUCGGACGAUUUCACGGCAGCUGAACUUAUACUCAUACGCGAACAUUAUCGCGAAAGUCAGCGCCAAAUGGACGGAUCGUAUGUGAAGAAACUCCACACGAAAUACGAUACGGACGGUACUAUAAGAGUUGACUUGCGUAUGACCAACGCGCAGAUGAGCGAUAUAAAGAUAGAGGCCAUUCUUAACACCAGGCCACUCUUUCCGGUAAACUCGGUAAAUCCCAGUGCAAAUGCGGCUAUUCGACCGAUCGAUUCGAUAUCGCCACAGUUCCGAAUGGCGCGCUUGACUCACAGUCUGCCUCAGAAGGUUAAGAACUCGUCGAGCGACAACUAUCAAGCGCUUAACACGCGCUACAGGACACUGCAGACCGACUUAGACCGUUUUUGGGAUGUUUGGCAAAAGGAGUACCUAUCAGUAUUGGCAGAAAGAGAAGCUAUACGCGCUAAAACCCGGUCUUCUACGAAAUUACCAAGAGUCGGUGAAGUUGUGCUCAUCAAAGAGGACGCGCCGAGAUCAAGCUGGCCAUUAGGACUUAUUUUGGAACUACACACCUCUAAAGAUGGCAAUAUAAGAUCAGCCAGAAUCAGAACAGGCAAAAGGAGGGUGGUCGACCGUGCAGUGAAUCAUUUAUUGCCUCUGGAAGUCGUAGCGGAGAGUGAGGAGCCCUUUCAAAGCGAUUGUCAGCGUAGCGCGAAGGCGCAACGUCGUCACCGUGGAGUGUCCAAGAAGUAA